AUGAGGCUACUGAAUACCGAAACACUCGAACUAACUUCCUUCGUUGGCCAAGUACUGGACUACGUCAUCCUGUCACAUCAAUGGGAAGAAGAAGAGGUAGUCUUUGAGGAUGUCUCCAAAGUUCCUCUCAGCCGCCAAACCAACCGAGCUAGAGCGAAGCGAGGGUUUGCCAAAGUUCUAGGCACUUGUGCCCUCGCGGUCAAGGACGGCUUCAAAUGGGUCUGGAUUGACAGCUGCUGCAUCGAUAAGUCCAGUUCUUCCGGGUUACAGGAAUCGAUCAACUCAAUGUUUCAAUCGUACCAGCGAGCACAGAUUUGCUACGCAUAUCUCAGCAAUGUUGCAGACAUCUCCUCUGGCUGGGGUGAAGCUUUCAGUAGAAGUCUGUGGUUCACUCGCGGAUGGACACUGCAGGGGUUGCUAGCCCCUUGCACCGUAGAGUUCUAUUCGGCAGACUGGAGACCAAUAGGAACCAAGUUUUGCCGAUCCAAACAAGUCGCCUCCAUCACAGGGAUCGAAGUUGCGGUCCUGGAGUCUGACUGGGUGACUGCAGAAGAUAAAUUAUCUGCUGCACAAAAGUUAUCGUGGGCUGCACACAGACACGUAUACAAGGUGGAAGACAGAUGA